GCCGAGCGGGGCCAAACCCAGCUGCGGCCGCGGCCUCCUUCUCUCCGCGCCCCCCCACCCGCCGGCGCGGAGUUGGCGGCGGCGGCUUCGGGCUCUGUCCCCGCGUCCCCCCCCCGCGACCCCGCCCGGCCCCGCGCCCCCGGCCCGCGCCGCCCCGGCAGCGCCGCCUCCGCCCGCGGGGCCCGGGCCGUGCCGGGGGAGGAGGGGGAGCAGCGCCGCCGCCGCCGCCGCCGCCGCGGGCGGGCCCGUCCCCCAGCGCCCCCCCCGAACACCAUAGGCGGCUCCGGCUCCAAGAUGUCCAACCGGGUGCUCUGCCGGGAGGCCAGCCACGCCGGCAGCUGGUACACGGCCUCAGGACCCCAGCUGAAUGCACAGCUAGAAGGUUGGCUUUCUCAAGUACAGUCCACAAAAAGACCUGCAAGAGCCAUUAUUGCACCCCAUGCGGGAUAUACCUAUUGUGGAUCUUGUGCAGCCCAUGCUUACAAACAAGUGGAUCCCAAUAUCACCCGAAAAAUUUUCAUUCUUGGGCCUUCCCAUCACGUGCCCCUCUCCCGAUGUGCACUUUCCAGUGUGGACAUUUACAGAACACCUCUGUAUGAUCUUCGAAUUGACCAAAAGAUUUAUGGAGAAUUGUGGAAGACUGGAAUGUUUGAGCGCAUGUCCCUACAGACAGACGAAGAUGAACACAGUAUUGAAAUGCAUUUGCCUUAUACUGCUAAAGCCAUGGAAAGCCAUAAGGAUGAGUUUACUAUUAUUCCUGUGUUGGUCGGAGCACUGAGUGAGUCAAAAGAGCAGGAAUUUGGAAAACUCUUCAGUAAAUACCUAGCUGAUCCUAGUAAUCUCUUUGUGGUUUCUUCUGACUUUUGCCAUUGGGGUCAGAGGUUCCGUUACAGUUACUAUGAUGAAUCCCAAGGAGAAAUUUAUAGAUCCAUUGAGCACCUAGAUAAAAUGGGUAUGAGCAUUAUAGAGCAGCUAGAUCCUGUAUCUUUUAGCAAUUACUUGAAGAAAUACCAUAAUACAAUAUGUGGAAGACAUCCUAUUGGAGUGCUAUUAAAUGCUAUCAACGAGCUCCAGAAGAAUGGAAUGAAUAUGAGCUUUUCAUUUUUGAAUUACGCUCAGUCGAGCCAGUGUCGAAACUGGCAAGACAGCUCAGUGAGUUAUGCAGCUGGAGCACUUAUGGUCCACUGAACUGCUGAAUGCUCAGGGAUGGCACCUGCACACACUCUGUAUUCGGGGUCCCAGCCUAGCCCUUACAAAGAUACAGUCCCUGGUCUUUGGGUAUACUGAAACCUCAAACUAAUAGAACUCUGUUCUUUUCUAGUAGGUGUAGUCCUUCCUUAGUUUCAACUCAUUUAAAAAUGCUUUCUUGUUUAGGACAAUGGAAGGAAGACUGGUAUCAGAGCUUUUUGUGAGAGUUGUUUUUUUUUUCUUUGGAAAAGAUGAUGACUAUGAAGGCACGGUGGUAGACUGUCCUUAGAAAUACAACAUGUAAAGCAUUUACCAUAUCCUAAAUUUGCACUCUUUGCAGACCUGUGCACAUAUACUCAGCUUUCAGAAUAGUUUUGCCAGUUGUAAACGGAAAAAGGGGGGGAAAGGGGGUGGAAGCUUUUUAAUAAAAGAAAAAAAAAAGGAAAACAACGCAUUUAUAAAUGAUUCUGUAUUAGAAUAUAAUAAAACUCCAGUAUAGUCAGUUACUACCCGUGAUGUACAACAGAUAUCUUCUAUUUUAGUUGCUAAUAAAGGGCUACACAAA